AUUUAAAUCAAGUUUAAUAUUCUCGAAAAAAAGAUGUUAACAGCCAUCUACGAAUAAUGAGCAAAAAACAAAGUCAAGGAAAAUCCGGUGGAUCUUCGGCGUCUUCAAUCGAUAUUGAUCCAAAAACAGCGGCAGUAUUCAAACGUAAAAAUUAUCACAUCUUAAAUCGUCUUGGAGCUGGAGCAUUCGGAACGGUUUACAAAGCUGAACGAAUCAAUCAGCCAAAUGAAUUGUCAGCGGUAAAAGUAUUGGAACUGACACAGAUGACUGCCAAUUAUCGAGCAAAAUUUUUGCCACGUGAACUUCAAGCAUUGAUCGAAACAAAACAUGAAAAUAUAGUCGAUGUUUUCGACAUUAUACGUGCAAAUCAACGUAUCUAUAUUUUCAUGGAAUUCAUGGGUGGUGGUGAUAUUGCAGGCUAUGUACGUAAGAAUAAUGGCAUGUCAUUGAAAUUGGCUUGCGUAUGGUUUUUACAGAUAACCAACGGUCUACAACAUCUUCAUGAACAAUUAUUAAUGUGUCAUCGAGAUAUCAAAUUAGACAACAUGCUAUUGAAUGAGCAAAACAUUGCUAAAUUAUCAGAUUUUGGAUUCGCAAGACAAUCAUUUGAUUCUGCUACAAAUAAGGUUUUAAUGUCGACGACAUUUUGCGGUACAUUACCUUAUUAUUGUCCACAAUUGUUGCAAAAAGUUCCGUAUGAUCCAUUCAAAGCCGAUGUCUGGGCAAUGGGUGUUUCGUUUUUCAUAAUGCUUGAGAAUCGUUUUCCAUUCCAUUUCAAAGAAAAACCAUUGAUGUUACAGGAAAUGACCGAUUUUCCAAAAUUCAUUCGAUCUAGAUACAGUAAGGAAUUGUCGAAUGACGCGAGACGAUUAUUGGAAACAAUGUUGAAUCCAAAUGAAAAAGAACGUGUAAACAUAGGUGACGUGCAACAUAAUCGAUGGCUACAUCGUACAGGAUCUAUUUCCAAAAUGGACAAAGUGAUCCCGAAAGUUCAUGCUGAAGAAGAAGAAGAGGAAGAAUUAGUCGAUCCGAUGAAUGUAUUACGUGAACGAUGUACAACCGAACAUUGUCAAUCAUUGAAGGAUAAAUAUGAAGCCUGUAAUGAUCGUGUCAAUUCUAAAUCGGCAACUGCUGAAAAUUGUUUUGAAGAAAUUGUCGAUUUCCUCCAUUGUGUGGAUCAUUGUGUAGCACCAAAAUUGUUCUCCAAACUUGUAUAACGAUAAUAUGAUUCAUUGGAAAUAUAAAAAUGUCGCAAUUCAGUUCGUAAUUUUGAAUGAUGAAUAAAUUUGAACACAAUAAUAAUUA